AUGGCGGCAUUGGUGAAUGCGCUGCUUGUCACUCUGUGUUUUCCCAGUGUGAUCGUCACUUUAUCGUCUAUAAUUACGGUUCCUACCAGGAGUUUCACUGUAGAUUAUGAAAAUAACACAUUCCUGAAGGAUGGGAAGCCAUUCCGGUAUGUGUCUGGGAGUAUCCACUACAGUCGUAUCCCACAAUAUUACUGGAAAGACAGACUCCUUAAGAUGUAUGCCGCUGGACUGGAUGCCAUUCAGGUAUACGUUCCUUGGAAUGUCCACCAGCCAUUGGAGAACAAAUUUGACUUUGAUGGACAAAAUGAUGUGGUGCAGUUCAUAUCCAUGGCCAAGGAAAUAGGGUUACUGGUCGUCCUGAGAGCUGGGCCUUAUAUUGAUGGUGAAUGGGAGUUUGGAGGACUGCCAGCUUGGAUCCUUCAAAAGAACCCCAACACUGUUUUUAGGACAAUGGAUCCAGUCUACAUCCACUACAUGGACCUUUGGCUUGACAAGCUUCUUCCGAUGCUCCGCCCCCUUUUGUAUAGUAAUGGCGGCCCGGUGAUCAUGGUUCAGAUAGAGAAUGAAUAUGGGAGUUACUAUGCCUGUGAUAGGAAUUACACCUCACAUCUGAAGGAUAAAUUUGUUUCUCACCUGCAUGAUGAGGUCUUACUGUUUACAACGGAUGGUACCUUGGAUUCCAACUUUAAAUGUGGUCCUAUUCCUGGAAUCUUUGCUACGACAGAUUUUGGUGUCGCCUACACUCCAGAGAGAGGUUUUAAACCACUAAGGAAUUAUCAACCAAAGGGACCUUUGGUGAACUCUGAAUUCUAUACAGGAUGGCUUGAUCACUGGGGCCACAGACACGAAACUGUCAGUUUGGUACUGGUGUCUGUGAUGCUGGACAUUAUUUUGAAAUAUGGAGCUAGCGUAAACAUGGAUAACACAGAAGCAGGAGACAUAACAGAAAAAUAUAACAUCAUUGCUCGUGUCAUUUCCAAGUUCAAACCAUUGCCUCCCAUCCCUUGCCCUCCAUCAACCCUGAAAGCCAACUAUGGACCAGUCAGGAUGCAUUUCGUUGGAACAAUUAUGGAUCUGCUUGAUCAGCUGACUAAAGGCCCACCAAUCAAAUCACUGUAUCCUGUUUCUAUGGAAACCAUUGGUCAGUUUCAAGGUUUUACUCUGUACCGACAUACACUGACUUCUGACCUACAGAAAAACACUGUUCUCAAUGUCCCUGGAGUAAGGGACCGUGCCUAUGUCCUGAUCAACAAGGUGUCCGUUGGUGUGUUGAUGCGAGACACCAAGACGUCCCUGACUGUUGUUGGUAAUAAGGGCCAGAAUCUGGAUAUACUUGUUGAAAACCAGGGACACAUCACAUUCAACAAGGGAAUUAAUUUCAACUUAAAGGGCAUUAUACAGAAUGUCACACUGAAUGGUCAAGUGAUACAGGGCUGGACAAUGUACCCACUUCAACUGGACAAUUACUUCAGUAUGUCUGAGAAAGCACCAAGGUCCAACAGAUUCUGUCAAUCAAAUACAACCUUUGACCCUAGUGUCCCUUCCUUAUACAUGGGUGAAAUGACCAUUACCGCCGACCCUCAGGACACAUACAUGGACUUCACUGGAUGGAAAAAGGGUCAAGUUUUUAUCAAGUCCCAGACAGUGGUCAACUUGGGUCGGUACUGGCCUGAGAAGGGUCCACAAAUGCGUCUGUUUCUGCCUGCACCUUACCUGCAGAAAGGCUCUGACGGAAAUAAGAUACUGAUGGUGGAGCUAGAGGGUAGUCCUUGUGUGUCAAAUGAAAAGUGUGAGGUCAAGCUAGUAGAUACGCCCCUCAUCAAUGGACCUGUUACAGGACACAAGUGAUAACAACCUUUACUAUUGAAGUCUGUCACAGAGAGAUCUACAAGAGGAAACCAUUACCAUUGGCACUAAGGAACAUCAUGUGAUAGAUAUAUACAGAGGGAUAGUUUGGGGUAUGGGCUUACUACAGGACCUCAAGUCUGCCGACUCAUUCAUUCUUACUUAAAGUCAGAGGCAGACUUAUUAGGCCAACCUACCUGAAGGGUCAGGAUGACUUAUAGCCAUCGCAUUUCAUACAUUGAUGUGCACUGUGCGUAAACUGUCCAGUCAAAUGGACCUGUAACAUGUUUGAUACAAUGAAUGACCUUGACCUAUUUUCAAAGGUCUAGAGUGCUGAUAAUUGUCUGGUAGCAUGCUGGGAUGAAGGGUUACCAAUUUUGCUCAUUUGAUUGACAUUUUCUCUUUUUAAAUGUCACAGGAGUCAAUUGUGUUAAAAUCAUCAAACGACUUCUUCUCGAUAACCAAAAGGCCCCGGCUGUUGAUAUUGGUUCUUCAAUAUAAGUGGAUGAAGGGCUACUGAUUUGUUCAUGUAAUUUACCUUGACCUAUAUUCAAGGUUAAGUGAAUUGAGAUAUGUAAUUUUCUUUAUCAGCAAGCAAUUUAUUUUAGGCCUAUUUGGUCUUUUUCAUACAUAUAGGUCUUUAUAGUCAGGUGAUUGUCAAAGCCCCUGGGCCUCUUGUCCUAUUACAGGAUAAACUUGAACUGUCGUCCAGGGGCCUACACAUAUCGUGCAUUAAAAGUUAAAGACAAAUUUUCAAUAUCCGUAUAAUGAAAUGUUAUACAUAAAUUAACUGAUAUUUAUUUUUAAUUACCUCACCUGGUCCAAAGGGCCUAGUGAGCUUAUGCCAUGAUGAGGCGUCAGUCAUCUUUUCCCUUUAAACAACUUUUUCUCAAUAAUCAAUGAAUCAAAUGUUUUGAUAUGUGGCUGAUAUGUUCCUAGGAUAAAGCCCGACAAAGUUUGCUAAAAGAAAUGACCUUGACAUAUAUUCAAGGUCACAGGGGUCAAAUUUAAAUGACUUCUUCCAUGAAUUAAGAGGCCUUGAUGCACAAAUAUGGCUGGUAAUCCUGUACAUUUCUGGGGACAAAAGACAAAAAAUUGUCCCUAUAAAAUUGGGAAGUUGAACAUACUAAUAUAGGAAAUGUCUCAUUUUUUGUUUGUUGUUUGGUAAAAAAAUGUCCAGAUGUUUAGAAUGUAUAUAAAUCACUGUGUGUGGUAUAUUUUGGAAUAUUUUUUUAUGAUGUGGAUUUUAUCCCAAUUUUACAUAACUUCUCAUUCCAUUGUGUAUAGUAUUUGUUUUGAACAUGGUUGAUAAUUUCUAUAGAGUACUACUAUAUAAACCUUAUGUCAUGUGAUAUGAUGUGAUGACAAUCGAUCAGUAAGAAGAAAUCAGAAAAAGUAACACUGACUUUUUCCUGUGCUUUCUUCUUACUAUUGUCGACAAGGUACCCAGGUAUAUCAUUAUUUUCUUGCUAACAGAGUCACUUACCUGGUUUUCCUUAACAUCUCAGGAUGAUUUUUUUGUAGACAAGACACCUCAAUACUAUAAAACAAAGAAUUAAGAGUUAUACUCCUAGUGUCUAUGCUGCUGUUUGAUGGAAUUUUGAAAAAAUAAUUAAUCAUAUUUAAUUCCUACACUCAGUAUUAAUUCAACUAUAUUACUGCAGACAUGGAAGUAUACAUGUGAUUACUACUCAGCUGAAAAUAAAUAUGGGAACAUACAAUGAUCGUGAAAAUAAAUAUGGGAAGGUACAGUGAUCAUGAAAAUAAAUAUGGGAAGGUACAGUGAUCGUGAAAAUAAAUAUGGGAAGGUACAGUGAUUGUGAAAAUAAAUAUGGGAAGGUACCAUGAUCAUGAAAAAUGGGAAGAUACAAUGAUCGUAAAAAUAACCUCUGCAAGUACAGUUUGCCUAUUGAAAUCUUGAAAUUAACCCUGACAGAAAUACUGGUAACCUUUUUUUACAGUCUUUGUUAUUCAUUACUCACUAACAUGUGGGUAUGAUAUCAUUAAUCUAAGUAGAUAAUCUGGAUCUGACAUAUUGUUGGAUUUAAUAAAAUAGGAGAAAGUACACCGAGAUCUUUUCAUUGAUGUGUAGUCAAUACAAAAUUGAGAAAACAGUAUUUUUGUCAUCCAUUUUAUUAUCAUCACUUGGUCCCAACCACAUACAUGUAAAUUGAUAAUGUGUAUAUACAUUUCCCUGUUUGAAGUACAGCAGUUUGAGUUAUUUUAUCUUGACAAAUACAGUCAACUAGAAGACUGAGUAUAUAUCAAUUAUCAUAAAGAGUGAUGUAAAAAAUCAAUAAUAUGAUACAACCUCCUGACUAGAAAAUGACAAAAUAUUGCUCUGUAAAUGAUAAAAAUAAUCAGAAGACAAUAUUUAGAGUCAACACAUCCUGAUUAAACCAAUGAAAAUACUUGAUGAUCUCCUGAUCGUGAGGGUGAUAUUGUCAUGGUAUAAGAGAUUUUGUGGUUAUAUUUCCCCAAAAGUUAAUAGUCUUGAUAAGGGAAAUACUGUAUGCUGCCCUAAUCUGAGGGUGAUAUUUUCAUUGAGAGAAACUUUGUGUGGUAUAUAUGUCCUGUGGGUGAUAUUCUCCUUAUAAGAGAGAUUUUGUGUGGUAGAUGUCUCCAGAAAGUGAUAUUAUUUUGGUAAUAUCGUGAGUGAUAUUUUAGUUAAAGAAAUUUUGUGUGGUAGACUAAGUACUGAGGACAUAACUGUUGCUAUUUUACAGAUUUUGGAGUAUUUGUGUUUUUGGUGAAGAUGAUACAGUCUGAGAAAUAUUUUCCUUGUUUUUUUUUAAUUACCAUAUUUAUUUUACCACAUACAUAAAUGUACCAAACAUCAGCACAAUAAGAUACACCACUAAAUACAUAUCAAUUAUACAUACCAAACAUUGGCACAAUAAGAUACACCACUAAAAACAUAUCAAUCAAUUACACAUAUUUAGAAGCUAAGUACAGAUCAACCUUCUCAAUGAUAAUAAUAAGCAACACAUCUGACCAAUAACAACCGAACUGGAAUAAAAAUAACAAAGUAAUAUAGUCUAACAUCAGUAAAUUACAUAUAAAAUACUGAAUGUAAAACAAUAUAAAACUGAAGUCCACCACAAAACACGUGACGGUAUACUAACACAAUGGCUUCAUCCAAAUUACUAUUUUCCGGACAUUUCAACACUGUACGCUGAUUCUAUUCUAUUACUUCACUUCUGAACUUAAUUUUAUGUGUGAUUUAUAUAACACAUGUAACAAUACCUUGCUAAUGGUAUUUAUUAUGAACUUCACUGGAGUUUAUUUAAUCUACAAUUAUGCAAAUUUAAUUUUUAUUCAUCUUUUUCCUUUUUUUGAAUACAAGAACUAUUUUUUAUGGGAAUUUGAAAUUCUGAAUAUAUAAAUAAUCUCCGAAAAAAUAUUUCUUACAAUACAUGAAG